AUGGAGCGAAUGACGGAUUCCGAUAUGUCGGAGGAGCUGAAGGGCAUUUCGAAUACAGAGAAGAGGGGCUGGCUCAGGGAUCCAGGUCUGCGAAAGUUGAACUUGGGGAUUGUAUUUAUGUUCGCUUCAUCUGCUGGAACGGGAUAUAACGGGAGUUUGAUAAAUGGAUUGCUUGUGUUGCCUGAGUUUAAAGAGAUCAUUGGCGGUCUCGACCCUCAUAUCCUCGGUCUUCUCAUCGCAGCCACCUCACUCGGCGCCUUUAUAUCCUUCAUCCCAGCAUCCUACUUUGCCGAUAUCCUUGGACGCAAGAAAUGCGUAACAGUCGGAUCGGCAUUGGUGAUUAUUGCAUCUCUCGUCCAGGCCGCUGUACACAGUCACUGGGCCUUCUUCGGCUGCCGCGUUCUAGCAGGUGUAGGCGUGGGGACAGCACAAACCGCAGCCCCAUUAUUGGCGACGGAGAUCGCGCAUCCACGCCAUCGACAAACGGCCACAGCACUUUAUAAUGCAGCAUGGUGUGUAGGAUCUAUUGUCUCCGCUGCGAUUACCAUGGCCACAUUGAGUAUGCACACCACCUGGUCGUGGACGAUACCCUGCAUGCUACAGGCGUUCUUCCCGCUAACCCAGCUUGUGGGUCUGUGCUUUGUCCCUGAGAGUCCACGGUGGUUAGUCUCGAAGGGACGAAAAGAUGAGGCCCUUGCAGUUUUGGCUGAAUUUCAUGCUAAUGGGAAUUCGGAUGAUGAGCUUGUUCAGCAUGAGUAUCAUCAGAUUUGCAUCAGUAUAAAUGCGCAGCACCAGCAACCCGGUUAUUGGAGUACUUUCUUUUCGUCGAAGGGAGAUAUGCACCGUCUUGCGAUCUGUAUUAUAUGUGGAUUUAUGCAGGAGUGGGCUGGAAACGGUAUCAUCUCUUACUAUCUUGCUCCGAUUCUUGCCUCUGUUGGCAUUACCAAAGCCUCCCACGAAGCUGCUGUCAAUGUGGGCUUGCAAAUCUGGAAUCUUAUCUUGUCCUCGGCUGGUGCUGUCGCAUCGGAGCGCUACGGCAGACGUAUUCUGUGGUUGCUAUCGACAGCAUGCAUGCUUCUUUUCUUAUCCAUAACCACCAUCGCAGCCGGUCUCUUCCAAGAGAAGCACAUCGCAGCUGCAGGUGUCGCUGUCGUCCCAAUGCUGUUCCUCUUCUUUGCUGGCUUCGAUCUAGCGUACUCGCCACUGUUCAUUGCCUAUCCGGCUGAAAUCCUGCCAUUUCAGCUCCGAGCAAAGGGUCUGGCAAUUACGUUAUCUACGGAUGCUGUCGCGUGCUUCUUCAACCAGUACGUCAAUCCGGUAGCGUUUUCCGUUCUGCAAUGGAAGUAUUAUUUCGUUUACGUAGGCUGUUUGGUAAUGUUCUUCUUAUUGGCCUAUUUCCUCUUUCCAGAGACCAAGGGAAGAUCAUUGGAGGAAGUUUCAAGGAUUUUCGAUCACAAGGACCAUAUGGAAGAUGUGAAAGAGAAAAAUGGUGAAAAGAGUUAG